AUGUUCAUUAAGGCCAUCAUCCUCGCUUUCGUCGCUGUCGCCGUUGCCGUUUCCACAAAGGGCCAGGGCGACACCUGUGGCGACGGUAACAUCCUCUGCUGCGACCCCGAGACCGCGAAGCAGUUGACCGACCCCGGACUCGGUUCCGACGUCGACCUUCAGAAUCUCCUCGGCCAGUGCAACGAAGUCACUGUUCCCGUUGAUGAUACCGACGAUUCAAUUAAAAGCCAGUGCUCCCAGCAGGCUGUUUGCUGUGGCGAGAGUGAGCAGAAUGGUGUCGUUGACAUCGGCUGCACACCUCUUGACCUGUAG